GGGGCCAAGAGUGCAGCGGGUCAGAGCGGGCACAAUGGCAGGGGCCUGGCGGGUACUCGUCCUGGUGCUGGGCUUGGCAGGGGUGUCCUGUGUACGCCGACCCCGGCUCAGAUAUGAGGACAUUGUCACCAAGGCCUUGAAGGUCUACAAUGAUGGGCAGCAGGGGAGGCCCCUCUUCCGGCUGCUGGAAGCUAUCCCGCCUCCUAGGCUGAACUCCACCAGCAGGGUCCCGCUGAACUUCAGGAUUAGAGAGACGGUGUGCAUCUCCACCCCGGAGAGACUGCAGCAGCCGGAAAACUGCGCCUUCCGGGAGGGCGGGGAGGAGCGCAUCUGCACCGGCCAAUUUGCCAAGGUGCGGCUGCUGCGGAGCCUGACUGUCAGCUGUGACCGGGACUGUGGGCGUGGCAGGCAGGCCCCCAGGCUGACACACGUUGAAGAGCCAGAGCCAGCCGAGGUUGCUGAUGUUGCGGAGGUCGCUGAGGCCCCCGACCCCUCUGAGGCUCAAGAAGUAGCUGAGGCCCAAGAAGUAGCUGAGGCCCAAGAAGUAGCUGAGGCCCAAGAAGUAGCUGAGGCCCAGGAAGUAGCUGAGGCCCAGGAAGUAGCUGAGGGCCCUGAGGCCCCCUAGACACCUGAGGCAGAACCCCCUGAGGCCAAGGCCACGCUGUCGCCUGUUGUCAGGAACCUGUAUGAGAACGCCAAGUACGACAUCAUCUCCAACAUCCUGAGAAACUUCUAGGGCCAGAAGGGAGAGGAGCCUGCGUCUGGCCUGGGCCGUAGCACCUCCUGUCCUGCACUGCCCAGGGACCCCCUCUACGGUGACCCCUAAACUUCAGCCCCCCUUUGCUCACCUGCUUCCCUCCACCUGAUCUGCCUGCCCUUCUGGUGUCUGUAAAUCCUGUUUCUCCCGCAAGGCAUGGCGGGGAAGUCACCUCCUCCAGGAAGCCCCCCUGCUUUCCCAGAGCAGAAGCGUCCUUCCUGGUCCAUUCAGUCCUCACACCGCGUGGUGUCACUGCUGUGUCCCUAGUCAGCGUCCACCCACAGUGGUUCCACCAGCUGCAGCUGCACCCUAUGAGGGCAGUUCCCUUGUGCAAGACCCUGAGCACCUCUGCCCAGUCACUGUGGCAGACAUGUGCCCCUUGACUGUCUGGAAACCUCGAGAAUCACAGGGAGGGCUGAAUAAAACAUCCCCGCAGUAAA